AAAAGCUUCUGUGUCUAGCAAGGUGUAGGUUUAAUCUUUAAAAAAUACGACACUUAUAUCUUAAAUAAUUUGCAUUGCUUUUUCUUGCGUGUGUGUAUACAGCCCGAAUAUGUUUUAAAACACAGAGAAUCGUAUUUCACUGAUGCAUUAAGUGAAGUUGUAGCAGUAGGCGUCUGAGUGAUUACAUGUUCAGAGACGUAUGAGAUCAGGGAUCUUUAAAUCUAAAUGCCAUAUCGAUGCUAACCAACGUGACAACCGGAUGAUGAUUUUAACCACAGAUACCGUCGAACGAGUUUGAGCCAAGCAAAGUCGCGUGACGUCAGAUUCUAAACUAGACUUAGAUUGAAAUCGGUAAUAUUUACAGACUUUUCCCUCUACAUUUGGUACCAUUUCCUACCUCAGCGAUGACCAUCAUUGCUCUUCUUAUCAUGUGUUGUUGGCCAAUGAUGAUCAAAGCUUCAUGUAUUGCGUGCGGUGACUGGCUUGAUAGUAAGUAGCCUACAUUUUGACAACACUUAAACAAAACGAUAAGCUUAUUCAUUUCUCUUUCGUUUGAAAAGUAUGGAUGCUAGUAACGAGUGCACAAUUAUUGUUACCAAAAUUGACAUUUAAACAAAAAAUUGAUUCGAAUGUAAACUUUGUUACAUAUUUUUUAAAGGUACUUAUACGUAAUCUAAAUUUAAUUAUCGUAAUCCCCCCCCCCCUCUUGAAUAGACAUGUCUGGUAAUUCUUGAAACGCGCCCGCCUUAAAUACUUUUAAAUGACGUUUUCAUUGCAACCCUAUCGAAAGACUUUUAAUUUACUUAAUCUAGGAGUGUCAAAUCAUUUAAAUUGAAAAAAUUAUUUUUCUUAACUUCAUUUUAAAUAGUAAUCUGAACAACAAUUCAAAUUAUUAAACGAAUACCACAUCAGAUAUUUUGGUGGGUUUUUGUUGUUGGUUGUUUUUUGUUGUGUUUUUUUUUUUUUUUUUUUUUUUUUUAACUUUUUUUCGCGACACACUUAAAUUUGCUUUUUUUUUUGCGAACACGAUUUCAGUUUUGUAAAAUAUAAAAAAAAAAAUUUAAAAAAAUUGUUUUUCUGCGCUUGCAGUGCUCGAAGUUGCCAUCCCCUGUGAUAACGUGAUCAGUCUUCGCCAAAUCCGUGGGUAGGACGGACUCGAGAUAUUUGGGGACGGAAGGCGAGGUAAACGUGUCACCGACUUGCUUGUUUUUUGUUGUGUUUUUUUUUUUUUUUUUUUUUUGUUAGACUACAUUUCGCGACACACUGAAGAUAGCUAUUUGUUUCGCGAACACGAUUGCAGUUUUGUAAAAUAUAAAAACAGAAAUUUAAAAAAAUUGUUCUGAUGUAUCAAUAUAAUCCAAACUGUAAAAAUGGCUGGUAUAUAGAUGAGAUAAGAUUAUUUUAUGGAUACAAACAAAUGGAAAAGUGUUUUGAUUGCAUUGUACAUUUUCAGCACGUAAAUAAAAACAAUUUGAAAACAAUAGCAUUACGCAAUACCAACAUUAACCAGAAAUAAAUGUACUCCUGCGACAAAAGCAGCUGAAAAAGCUAUUUUACAGUCAUUUGAUGUCCAGAAACCCCCGGGGCUCCAGUCCGAAAGUCGGGUAGGGAAUUCCUAUUAUGUCAUGUCAAUCAAAAGGCGCUGCCAUUUACCCCCUGGUGUGACCUGGGGCAUAAUAACCUAACGUAGGGGACAUGCACGUGAGAGGCAUAGGUCUUUCACGGUAUAUGUGUUAGAGAGAGCACAGCUGCAUGGUAACUACCCAGCGGCCCAGCUGCAUGGUAACUUCCCAUUGGCUUAGCUGCAUGGUAACUACACAUUGGCACAACUGCAUGGCAACUACCCAGUGGCACAGCUGCAUGGUAACUACUCAGUGGGGCAGCUGCAUGGUAAUUAUCCAGUGGCACAGCUUCAUGGUAACUACUCAGUGGGGCAGCUGCAUGGUAAUUAUCCAGUGGCACAGCUGCAUGGUAAUUAUCCAGUGGCACAGCUGCAUGGUAAUUAUCCAGUGGCACAGCUGCAUGGUAAUUAUCCAGUGGCACAGCUGCAUGGUAAUUAUCCAGUGGCACAGCUGCAUGGUAAUUAUCCAGUGACAUGUUUGCCCCCCCCCCAACUAUUUGAGCAAGGGGCCAGUGCCCCCUUCGUCCCCCUUCUCACAGCCCAAGUGUGAUGUGUUUUAGGGGGCGCCCCCCCCCCGAGCCUCCAAUGCUGUCCAAAGACGGCCCUGGGUACAUGGUUGACUUGGUAAAAGAAUCGCAGUGAUAGUUUUUGGUUUUACCAUUGACUAGCUUGUUAAGAAUAAAAUAGGUAACAAGGCAGUCAAGAAAACGUUGUAAAAAUAAAUUUAGUUUUUUGUUGUUGUUUUUUUAAAUGAUUCAUAGACAGGAGCGAUGACGCACCCCGUUGUAAGGCAAAUCUUCAACAAUUUUUGACUUGAGCAUAUUCGCCUGAAUGAUCUUUCACAUGUUCAUUCAUUUCCAGUCCGUUUCAAAGAAGAAUCAUCUUAAUCUACUAUAUAAAGCUCAAUGUGAAUGUGUGUUUUUUUGGAGUUUUUAUAUUAAUAUCUCAAAACACAAUUAUGUUACUGAUUUCAAUUUAAGUAUAGAUUUUAAUUAUUCAAAAAAAAAUAACCAAUUUUCAUUAUACGGAAUUACGUUUAGUGGCUACAACCCCUUUACAAAAAGUCUCAUUGAUGAAAUUAUUGCAGAUUACUAGUUUUAUGGUGCGAUCAUUUAUUCAAAUUGUAUUUCCAUGGUAUUAUUUUACAACGCAUUGAUACUUAUUUCUUUUCAGCCUCGUUUGAUAUCCUUUAUUGGGAUGAACAGAACAGAGCUACCUGUGUAUGCGCAGCCGAACACAAAGAUCAUGUAGAGAUCCUAUACAAACCAUCAUUUGAAAGCAGGGUCAUCGAGGUUCUUGCGAUUGCAAAAGAGUCAUCAAACUGUCAAUUCUCCCCGAAAAAUCGUUCUGAAGAUGACCCCCUUUAUGCAGAGUGCUGGCGGAACACAACUGGUAGUGUUAUCAUCAUGGUCGAGCGGAGAGGCCCUACGGCUGUGGUGAUCUGCGACAAUUUCAGCAAGGACUUUUUUUAUGAAAUCACACUCGUAACAG